AGAACAAAAGAAAAACCCAAGUGAAACUACACCCAUUCCUCUAUGCUUUUCUUCUUCUUCUAAAAGCCAUGGAUUCCUCAACCAAAAUUGUACCCAAUGAAAGAGACACCAAGUUUCCGGCAACAAAUCAGCUGUCCUCUCGCCGAUCCCAGUCCUUGUCUUCACUCUCAUCCUGUUCCUCAUCUCUUGAAUCCUCUUUUUCCGGCGAUUCCCCGACUAGUCCUGUCACUCCUCCACGAUUUUCCGGCAUUCCAUUUUCUUGGGAAAAAAUCCCCGGAAUUCCCAAGAAACAAGCAUCUCGGAAGAAGGAGAACUCCCCUCUGAGUCUUCUCCCACUGCCUCCUUCCACCACUCCGACUCCCUCCAAGAGAUUCAACCAUCAAGAUCAGGAAACCAGCACGAUCCGGAAGAAGAACAACAUAAGCGAGAGCUUCAGAAGGGAUCCAUUUUUCGCUGCAUUUGUAGAGUGCUGCAAGGAAGAUGAAGAUCAAGAAACAUCACCCAAUAUUUGGAAAAGCAGUAAGGUGCCAAGAAAUCUAAGUGACAGGCUGGGAUUGAUCAACAUUUACACAUCUUGCAAGAGGACAUGCACUGUAUCAGAGUCCAUAAUAUUGGUCCCAAGGUCAGCCAGAAGCUCCUACCAUAUACUAAACCGGCGAUCAGGCUGAAAGAAUGGGUUUUAAUUAGAUAAGUAUUUAUGUGUUUGUUUGAUGAGAAAAAUGAUUUAAAUUUGGGAUAUCGUCUCUUGUGCCUUAAUGUUUAAUUUUCCUCUAAGUUGCAUGGUCAGUGAGGAGGACAGAUUAUUGUAAGUUCCCCAAUCACGUAACUUAAUUUGCUUGAUGUGUAUUAAGAUAUAUAAUUCAAGUUGUUUUGAAUAUGAUAUAUAGAUGUGGUUCUCCUCUGGAUUCCA